UUACUUUUUUGACUAUUUAAACUUUGGGCACCAGUUGAAUUGUCCGGAAGAUAUUGUUAUGACUGUUUGCUAGCAUGUUGAUGUUUGCUUCUGCAGCUGGUUUUACUGCAGAGUGCCAUGAACGAAAUCAUUUUGAGAACAAAUAAAGGAGAAUACAAUCCAGGAGAAAGUGUUUAUGGAGUUGUAUACCUGAACAUUUGUAACCCAACAGCAGGGCGAGGUGUACGCCUGAAAUUUGAAGGAGUAGAAAGUAUUAGUUAUCACUGCUCUGGCAAUGAUGAUCGUGAAGGUCCAGUUCUAACUGACAGUAAAUUCUAUAUAGAUGCCAAGGAUGUCAUCUUGUAUACCUGUGAAGACACAGAUGUUAUGGGCAUUGGAUCCUUUUGCUUUCCUUUCAAAGUGUCCUUAUUGUCAGAAAUCCCAGGUUCUUUCUCAUCUGAAAAUGCUGCAAAUGAUGGAAAAUGGCUAGCUUCUGUUCAGUAUUGGCUAAAAGCAGAACUUGUUGGAGCAGAGAGUAUAUCGACAAUGCAGUUCCUUAUAGUGAACCACCCUCUACCAAGCUUCCUGCUUCCUAACGACCCCCCAAUGGCUGUUGACUGUCGGAUUGAGGUCUCUCACCUGCUGUUAUUUAAGAAGAGCAUGCAUGUCACUGCCAAAUUGACUAAGCAAGUUUGGCAGGCAGGAGAUGUGGCAAAAUUAAAAAUCAUCAUCACAAAUAAUACAAAUGUGAAUGUGUCCAAAAUCACAAUUAAGCUAUGCCGUGAGCUGAUUUUAGUUAAAAAGGGCAUUGUUAUUCCUUGUUAUGACCCAAAGGUCACAGUCGAUGAAGGGAAUGAUCGAAUGUACAUCAGACCAGAGGGCGUGGAUCCAAAGGUUGUGUGGGAAAACAUGAUAUCAGGCUGUAAUCAGGAACUUUUGAACAAGGGCCUUCAAGAGAUUUGGAUUCCACUAAAAAACAUGGACAAUACCCCAGUUUUGACCUCUCUAAAUGGACAUCAUGUACAGUGUUUCUACUACAUUGAUAUCUGUGUAACUCUUCAAAACCACCAGGAGGGAAGUCUGACCGUACCAAUAUACUGUUUGAUCCACUCCAAAAACACAGAGUUCUUGCAAUGGAAACCUCCCAGCUGGAUUUAUGAGUCUGAGGUCAUCAUGGGGAAAUCUAUAUUUUCUGUUUCAGAAACAGCAUUAAGAAGUGAGGCAUUUUCGGAUAUUCCUCGGUUCCAAGCCCUGGAGUCGGAUGAUUGAUACGAGAGUAUUGAUCAUUAUUUUUUUUUCUGACAAGUAAUUUAUUAACUUUUUGCAAUUUUACAAUUUGUCUGACUAUUUGUGUUCAAUUUGCCAAUGUUGCCUUGAAUGAUAUUGUACAAAACCUAAUAUUUAUUAAGUGUUAUUGUUUGUAUUUAUAGACAUAUACACUAUCUAGUUCAUUGUUCAGGAAUGUUGUAUAAGCAUGUUUCACGUUGAACAAGUUUUUAUAGAACAUGUUUGACUGAUUUUUAAAAAAAAAAUUUUAGUGUGUUUUAUUAAUCUUUUCUUUAUAUUUCAAAGUUACUUUCUAAGUGCAUCUGGUCUUCGUCUGUUUACAUUUAUUUCCCUUCAUUUUCUUGUCAGAAACCUUGAAGGGAAAACCAUCUCUUAUAGUUACUGAUGUUCUGAAAAUUGAAUGAGUUUUGAUAAAAUGGUGAACAAUUUUCGAGAACAGCUGCUGGUCUAUGAUAUAACAGAGAAAAGAAACAAACAAUACGAAACAAUUUCAUUCAAUUGUUUCGUACAAAAGACUAUUUCAUUUACUUGAUCUAGGGAUUCCACCGAAAUUUUUAAUUUGUUUAACAUAAAAGAAUUGAGCAGAAAAACUCCGUUACUUGAAUCCAUCCUAUUUCUUCUAACCCCUACAGAAUACAUAUCUUUAGAAAUUGCGCUUACAAAAUAAUCGGACAGGAUCAGCAUAUUUAAAGCAUAUCCAAGACACAAAAGAGAAGAAAAUAGCGUGAAGUAGGACUACAAUGAUUUUUUUUAUGUCGGCCUCAGCAGGUUUUUUUCCCUUGAGAGUACUUUAUUCCACUGGGUUUUGAUUUUUUCAUAAAGAAUAGAGCUCAACCAACUGGGUCUGCUUUCUGUAUCACAGCCUUCGAGUUUGAAUUCGUUUUUAAAGUAUUAACUUACACGUAGGUACAUAGGAAGUAAAAAAGAGUAAUGUUUAGUAAUUAACAAAAAAACCUUUCAAAUGUUUAUAAGCAAUGGAUUAAUACUAAGUAAAGGUUAGUGUGUGUUUUACUUAUGCUUUUGUCACUGAGUGUUGACAUGAAAUUUGCUAACACAGUUUUAAUGUCCACAAUGGAGGGCAAAACUUAUACAUGCACAUUCAUCAGAUUACAUUAAUUGAGUCGUCUUUUGUAAUUUAAUUAAUUUUUAAUUUAUGUAGUAUUUCCACAUUUACGAUAAUUUACAUACAUGUAUAUUAUAAGAUAUGAUGACCGUAGGAUAAAACACGAUAUUCUUCAAAAGAAUGGGUUUUAAUUGUUUGUUAUUCAGCUCAUUGAAAGAUAAUUGAACCUGACUAUUAUUUAUGUUUAUAAUGCAAAUAAAAAAAGUCGAAAUGAGUAUGCACCAUAGUUUGUGAUAUUUUUUAUUUAACGUUUGAAUUGCAUGUUUUAUUAUUUGCAUUUGCUAAGGAUCAUCUCCACAAUGUGAAGAUUUCCACUUAGUAAUUUUAUAAUUAUAUUUUUAGGUAAUAUGAUUUUUUUUUUAUUUAGAUAUAAAGUGUUCAAUUGAAAAUAUAUAGUAUGUCUUUAUUUAUAAGCAUUCAAAUGCAUUUUGCAUGCUUUUUUCUGGAAAAUCCGAAAAGACCCUGGGAAUUUGGGAAUUAACAGGUUUAAAUGUUAAUAAAUAAGGAAUAAAUUAUCAAGAAAAAUUAUAUCAAAUUGAGGAACGUCUCGUAUGUCCUUAAGUCUUGGACAACUUUAUGAUCCUGGGGUUAGAAUAGAUAUACCGUAAUAACAAAGUCACCUUGAUAGCAAAGUUAACACCAAAUGUGCCGUACAACGCCACAAUUAUUGCAAAUUGAUUUUACGAUUUUACUUUUUAGAGGCAAUGUGUACCUGUUUGUUGUGUUGAGAAUACUAAGCUUUAAAAGACCCUCCUUUAUUUCUUUUUCUGGUAGUUAAAUAUCUCAUCUUACAUGGAAUCGAACUUUACAGACUCAUAAAAAUGAUAUUGCAUUUUUUCAUGAUGAAUUAUUAUGUAAUAUUUAAGAUAUCUUUGGCUAUUUAGUGUUCAUUUCUAGAAUGUAUGUUUGCGAGUUACAAAUGAUGCAUUCCUGUUAGUGAUUAUUAUACAAGAGUUAUUGUAAAUUCAGACUUUUGUUGUUGUGUGGGUCAAAGAUUUUGUGAUAUCAAAAGGUUACAUGACAUACCUGUUUACAGAAAUCCGUUUUAUUUGAGUUGUAUCAGUGUUGAUAUUUAACUGUUUGGUUAUGAAUGGUCAAUAAAUUAACGAUAAAGAUU